GAAGUCAGAUAUAUAUAUGUAUAACUCUCACAGAGGGGAGAGACUUUAUACUUCUGUUUCAAUUUGAGAAUCAACAGAGAAGAAGGCAGCGACACACUGAGUCGGGGAGGGGAACCCAAGGCACCAUGCAGACAUCAAUGGACAAAUUACUUUCCAAAGUGGAUUCUGAAAAAUGCGUGGGCAUCGAAAUAUCCAACAAGAGCAGUUCUAUCAUCUUAUCGUGUCCAAGCAGCUAUUGUGACAGUGGCUUUGUGCAUUACCCGCCCAGCCCCAGCAUCUUACCUGGCACCGUGGAGCACUGCAAGUUUCUGGAAACACCGGCAACAGACAAUGUCACCGUGGACCACUGCAAGAUUGUGGAACCAGCAUCAACAGCCUAUGGCCACGUGACGCACCGCGUGACUUUUAUACCACCAACACCAGCCUCUGGCACCGAGGGAGUCCUCACUUAUAAAUUAUCUGGAAAAUACAUCAUAGCAAUCUUCUUUUCUAACCCUUACAGUAUGAUUUCACAUAGGGUAGAUUUUCUGCUGAAGAUCUAUACUGACACUGGUAAACCCAUCAAAAAUGUUUACAAAGAGAUGAAAGAUGAAAGUGAUUCCAACCAUUUCUUGAGCCAUUGUAAUUCUGGCAAUGAGACACAGACCUUUGAAGUUUCAAAUGACAAUGUAAGGGUUUUAGCUACAAUGACAAAUACCACAAAGGCUGUUGUAAGAGUACAUAUUCUAGAUAACAAUGUGGGUAAAAGUGACGAUUGCCGUAGGCACAGCUCUUUGCCUCCAUAAUCCAGCUUGCAGUACAACACUCAUUUUUACACUGAACUGUUCCUUUAAUCAAGCAUUUGCCAAUCUGUUAGCUUCAAUGCAGAAGAACAGAGCAUUAUAUUUUUCUAUAAAAUAGGCUUCCUAUACUGUACAUGCCCACUGAAAUAUAUGUUAAAGAAAUGAUAAACUUUUUAACUGUACUUUAAAUUACAUUUUAAUGUAUAUUAGGAGCCAUUUUCAUUAAUGCGCAUGUACUGAGCACUUGCCCCCCAGGGGUUGCUGCAUUCUGCCUGCCCCAGCUUGGAUUGAACAAGCCAGGAGGGUAGAGGCCUGUGGCUAUUCUUUAAUGUGUACCCAUCAGUGGAACAUUGUUUACCCCACUGGAAGUGCAGGUUAAUAGAGCCCACACUCUGGUUGGGGGAAAAAAUACCAUUU